AUGAGCGGGGAUGAGGGCGAAAUGCGACUCGCAAUGGCAGCAGGCGCAUGGUUAUUGCUGAUGGCGGCGUCAGAGGAUCACGCCAUGGAGCGAAGAGGGAAGGCUGGUCUCACGCGCAGUCAUGUCCUCAGACUCAGAGGCGGCAUGGAAUCAAGCAAGCUGCAGAAAGACAGCUGCUUCAGGCUACUGGGAGAGCAGGAUCAGGAGUCGGAUUUCCAUAGCUCGGAAGAGAAUCCCGAUGAUCCAUACACAAUCAAGAAGAUCUUGGAGGGCCCGCCUUGCGGUCUCGAUGAGAUCGAGCAAGGAUUGAUCGAAGACAUUAAGAAUGACCCAUUCAAUGUCUGCUUUUUGGCCAGCUAUGCACAAAUUCUUCUGAAACACAGAAAUAAACCAGAAGAAGCAGCCAAGUACGCAGCAAAGGCCCGACUGCUUGAUCCAUAUCACUGGUGGGUCCAGGUACACGCUCCAGAUUAUCUCGAUGGAUAUGAGCAUGUUGUUGAAAGUGUGAAGGAACAGUUGAUUGCUGAAGGAUACGAUAUGGAACGAUACAAGUCGUUCCUGGCCAGGCAACAGGAGGAGGUUAUACUGCAAGAGAAGAUCGCAGCAGGUCUUAAUUCUGGCGAUGGUUUCACGAUUCCACCGCUUCACCAGACCAACGAUGACGAGAUCGUGAACGAAGACACUGCAGAUCGAGAUACAUCGUCAAGCUCCUUAGAAGAGUACUCUCUAGAUGAUUCAGUUGGCUCCUCUACUGGUUCCACAUCCUCCAGUUCCUCAAAAUCCUCAUCAACUGAGGUCAAAACCAAACAAGAGCCCAUCCACAACUUGAUCGUCGAAAGCAGCAGCGAUGUGUACACCACAAACAGCAGCCUGGACCCUGAAGAGCAGCGAUACAUGGACGAAAUUGUCAGCGCGCCCUCCUUUUCACAGGAUGAAGAAAUGGACGAUGAGGACCAAGGUUCGGAAUUUCCGCAAGGUUACAAGAGCGAUGAUGAGGAUGAGGAGCACGAGCUGUUCAGGGAGUCUCCUGUUCCGAAAGAAGAAGAAGAAGAAGGAGAAGAAGAAGAAGAAGAAGAUCUCAGGCAAGGCUCUCAAAUGCAGGCCGAGGAUAUCAAGCACUUAAUACGGGGGGAUGAUAUGCUCAAGGAAGAGUCAGAGGAGCUGUGA